CUCCACAAAUUCAACAUUAAGAGAGAUCCAUACCUGCGAAGGAAUCAAACUACAGCGUUUCGACAUCACAACAUGGAUAACAGACUCCCAGAAGUUGCCAUGUGCAUUCCAACCAUAUCAACAAGGGGACUACUUUUGUCUAAACCUCAGCCCCAUUACCCUCUUCUUACUUCUUCAAAAAUCAAUGGUGUAGAAAGAGAGAGUUCUGCGGUCUCAAAAAAUCAUGGCUUCGGACCCAAACUAAUAGAAAUGAUUAAACACAAGUUGACUUAUGGUUCCAAGAUUGUACCACUUGGCCGCGGAGGAAAAAUCUUCGAAAAGAGAUUCAGUAUCAGGGAUGGUGAGAGGUUGUUGCAUGCUUCCAGAUGCUCCAUAUACACUACAGCCGGUGCGAUCUCAGGCAUACUCUUCAUCUCUACUGAAAGGGUUGGCUUUUGCAGUGAUAGGUGCCUCAAAACAUAUUCUACCACAGGGAAGCUAUUAAAGUUCCAGUAUAAGGUAUCUAUUCCAUUGAAAAAGAUAGAUGGAGUAGGAGAGAGCACGAAUUUGAAGAGGCCAUCUAACAUGUAUAUGGAGCUAGUCACCGUGGAUAAUUUCAGCUUUUGGUUUUUGGGCUUUCCAAAUUACAAGAAGACAGUAGAAUGCCUUCGCCAGACAAUCAGUCAUGACUGCUUAAGUGAUUAGUCUAGAACUAUGGAGUUCUCAACAGUGGCGAAGCUUGAAAAUUUCCACCGGGGGGUCGGAAGUCACCGAACCUAAAAAUUCUUUAUAACUAAAUUUUUCUUUUAUAAAACCGGGGGGUCGAAAACGUAUAUACCUAAAAAAUUCUACACGAAACGUACAUACAUAACACUACUGAGCGAAAAGUUCGGGGGGUCGGGCGCCCCUCCCGGCCCCUUUAAAGCUACGCCCUUGGUUCUCAAGUAUGGCUUCCAUUUCUACAACAAAUAUAGUAGCUGGCCUCAGGUGGCAUUUGAAGUCAUAUUAAGGCGCUAGAUCGGGUGAUCCAGGAAAAGUUUUGUAUAGCAAACCAGGUUCAUGUAUGUAUAUGCUUUAAAGUCCAUGAGUCUUAUUGGACAUUGGGGGAUAGUUGCUAGGUUUGUACAUAUACACACAAGACAUUUUUCUGCAUAGCUAUACUUGAAUCACUCGAUUUUAUUGAAA